AUGGCUUCCGGUAAGACGAUUAGGGUUCCGGCGUGCUGGACUGCUAUCUAUGUGAAAAAGGCAGCAACUUCUUUCCUAUUCACUGAAUACCAAUACGUCGGUAUCUUCAUGAUCGCUUUCGCGGUAUUAAUCUUCGUCUUCUUGGGAUCCGUCGAGGGAUUCAGUACCAGUUACCAGCAAUGCACAUACGACACCACCAAAAUGUGCAAACCUGCCCUAUUCACCGCAGUCUUCAGCACCGUAUCAUUCAUCCUCGGGGCCAUAACUUCCGUUAUAUCCGGUUUUCUCGGGAUGAAAAUCGCAACAUACGCAAAUGCCAGAAGUACCCUUGAGGCAAGAAAAGGUGUCGGAAAGGCGUUUAUUAUUGCGUUUCGUUCUGGAGCUGUUAUGGGAUUCUUGUUGGCUGCUAAUGGUCUUCUUGUGUUGUACAUUACUAUUAAUGUUUUUAAGAUUUAUUAUGGUGAUGAUUGGGAAGGGCUUUUUGAAGCGAUAACGGGUUAUGGGCUCGGUGGAUCUUCGAUGGCGCUUUUUGGUAGAGUUGGUGGUGAUAUUUAUAUGAAAGCCGCUGAUGUUGGUGCUGAUCUUGUUGGUAAGGUUGAGCGGAACAUUCCCGAAGAUGAUCCCAUAAAUCCAGCGGUAAAUAUAUAUUUUUCGCAUAUAAUUUUGGUGAAGUAG